UUCCCAACUGGCAGUUCCCUCUCUCUGGAAUGAAGGAUAAAAGUCAGAAAACAACUGAAGAUCCUUAGGGAAACGAAAUUGCCUAGAAGUGGGAUGGAAAUGGAGGGGAAGGUGAAGUCAGCCUAUCCAGGACAAACCUCUUAUUCCUGGAUUUUUGAAGAAAAGGGAACUAGGUGAACUAGUUGCCGGGACAACCGGCUGUUGGGGCAAGGAAAUGGGAGACCUGUGGUUGCUCCUGCUCCUGCCCCUGUCCCUGGCAGCCUUCCAUGGGGUCAAAGGCUGCUUGGAAUGUGACUCCAAAUUCACAGAAGAUAUUAGGUCUUUGCUGGCAAAGAUGGUACCCUCAGAAGUCCCCGGCCGAGUUCAUCUGCUUGAACGGCAGAUUAAGGAGAUGACCCAUUUAAGCUUCAAGGUCUCCCACAGGGACAAGAUGCUUCGGGUGUUGGCUGUUCAUAAGGUUAUCAAGUUAAGAAUAUGGCUGAAGAAUGAGCUUUAUAAACUGGGCAAUGAAACAUGGAAAGGUGCCUUUAUCCUUCAAGGCAAGCUUCUCGAUGUCCGCCAAAACCUGGGAUCCAAAUUGAAAGAGAUAUUAAAGAACUUCUCUGAAGUUGUCGUGACUGAAGGCCCUAUCCUGGAUUGUUGGACCUGUCUUCGCAUCACCUCCCGAUGCUUCAGAGGAGAGUAUUGUGGAGAAGAGAAUCCAAAGAAGGCUGAGAGUCGAGAGAUUGCACUAUUUCUGAUAUUGCUAACAGAAGUUGUGAUAUUGGGAAGUGCUUUGUUACUAUUCCAUAUUUGUGUGUCUCAUCGGAGGCAAAUGAAGGCAAUACGGAGUUCAUUAAAGAAAUAUUUGGAGAAGAAACUUGAAGAAUUAAUGAGGAUGACAGAUGAGAAGGAUGAUUUUGGAAUCAGAUAA